AUGGAGCGCUCCAGCGCGCCCUCGCACCGCGCCGACGCGUCGCCCGAUGCCGACUCCGACGCCCUCGACAUCAACAUCGGCGUCAUCGGUGACGGCCGCGUCGGCAAGUCGCUCUUUAUCGACCGCGCCUUCGACCUGCGCAACUCGUCGACCCGCCGCUCUGCCUCGCGCCGCAUGUCCGUCGACGGCACCGUCUACACCGUCCGCCUGCUCGAAAUCCCCUUUGCCGAUGUCAACAUCGAGCACGACGACCGCCUCGUCUGGCCCGACACCAUCGACGGCCAGGCUGCCCCGCGCAUCGACGGCGCCCUUAUGCUAUACGACGUGAUGAAUCAGGAGAGUCUGGCGCAGGUGCCGGGCAUGCUCAACGUGGUGCACAAGACGGCGUUGCCCUGCGUGCUCGUGGGGUGCAAGUGUGACAACCACCCCGCCCACCGCCAGGUCGACCCCGCCGUCGUCGAACAGCGCGCCAAAGCUCUCGUUGGCGACCUGCCAGCCUUCCAGAGCUCCGACGGCGCUCCGGACAGCCAGCGCCUGUGCCUCAAUGUCAUGCUGCGCUCCAUCUUGGCCGCGCGACAGGAGCCCCCACGGCUUACACCAGGAGCCCGCCGGCGCGCCAAUUCCUCUGCCCUCCGCCCCGUUUCGCCCCGCCCCACGUGGGCGCGCAGGCACGAGCGCGCCAGUUCCGAGUUCUCCGGCUCCCGCCUUAAGAUGAUGUUCGAAAACGAUGCCCAGGCGCGCGCGAAAAGCUCGCGGAACCGCAACUCUUUCGUCGAACUCGAGGAAUCACCGGGUUACGAGUCCUACGAUUCAGAAGCCGCCGACUCGUCCGACUACGAGCCCAGCGUCAUCUCCGUCAUGCCGUCGGACGAGAACGGCUACACGUUUGAGCAGCUCGUCGACCGCCUCCUAGCACAGCCGCUGUCUAAGCAGGACACCAAGUUUGUGGCCAUCUUCCUCUCCCUGUACCGCAAGUUCGCCGCGCCAAGCCAGUUGUUGGAAGCCAUCACCAAGCGCUUUGACAACCUCGAGUUUGAUAGGAAGCCCACGAUGAUCCGGACUGUAGCGCAGCUGCGCUAUCUUGCCAUCAUGGAACAGUGGCUCAGUACGUACCCUGGAGAUUUUGCUUACCCCAGCACCAAGCGCAGGAUGGCACACUUUGUCACCAGCAGACUCAGUGACAACCGGAUCUUUUCCAUGGCCGCAAAGGAGAUUCUGGCCGACCUCGAAGUAGUUCAGGAAGACGACGACACCGACUGGGCCUGCAGCGAUAGGAAGCGCGAGAACUCGGAAAGCUCGGACAAGUUCAAGAGCUUUCUUAGCGGAAGCACCACUUUAGCAGACGAGUCCGACGAGGAGCUAGUGAAGAGCGCUAGCAACUUGUCGGUCAACAUCGGAGACGCCUCGGAAAAGGAUCCGUCGGGCAAUCCGGAGCGGUCCAACAGCGUCAUGACGACCAGCACCUCCCAGACCAUGAUCAACAACAUCGAGAACGCGCGACGACAGGCCAAGCUGCUGGUUCCUAUCCCGCGUGUCACGCUCACAAAGACACAAUGGCACCUACUCAUGGGAGAAUCGGAAGAGAACAUUGCGCGCGAGCUGACGCGCAUCGAUUGGAUCAUGUUCUCCUCGAUCAAGCCGCGCGACUUGGUGCGGCAUGUCAGUCUCAACGCCAAGGACAAGAAGAGCUGCAAGAACCUUGACAACGUCGACCGCAUGAUUGAGCACUUCAACCACCUCGCAUACUGGGUAACCAACUUCAUCCUCCUCCGCGACAAGCCGAAGCACCGCGCCCUGAUGCUCGACAAAUUCAUGAAGGUCGCGCGCAAGCUGCGCGAGCUGAACAACUACAACUCCCUCGGCGCCGUCCUGGCGGGUCUCAACGGCACAGCAAUCCACCGCCUGGCCGCGACGCGCGAUCUGCUGACGCCGCAGACGGCCAAAGACUUCAUGAAGCUGGAGAUCCUGAUGGGCACGCAGAAGUCGCACUUCGCGUACCGGCUGGCAUGGGAGAACAGCUCGGGCGAACGCAUCCCGUACCUGCCACUGCACCGGCGCGACCUGGUCUCGGCGGCCGAGGGCAACAACACGUUCGUGCUGGACCCAAUUCGGCGGGCAAGCCGGGCAGACACGCUGGCGGCGCUGAGCGGAGCGAUGAGCUCGCGCACGCCGGCGAGUCCAACGACGCCAGGGACGCCCGGCGUGCCGAUGGGCGUGCCGGGGCUGGAGGAGUACUCGCCACCAGGGUCGGCGUCGGGGCCCACUCACAAUGGCAGUGGGGGCAGCUGUCAUGGGACCGUGUCGGCGCCGGCGUCGGUGUCGAUCGCGAACACGGAGUCAGCCAAGGCGCUGCAGGUUGCGCUGCUCAAGAAUAGCCAGGCGGGAGAUAAGGAGGCGCCGCCGGGGGGUGUGGUGGGCAAGGAGCGGAUUAAUUGGCGCAAGUUUGCGAUUAUGGGCGAGGUGAUUGUGGGAUUGCAGCGCGCGCAGGGCGUGCCGUAUCCGAACAUUGCGCGGAACGACGAGAUUAGGGCGUUGGUGCUUGAUGUGAGGAUUUGCAAGGACGAUGAUGAACUCUACGACCGCAGCACGAGCCUCGAGGCCAUAGGCGCGGCAGGCGAGCCGCGCCGCCGCUUCGUCAACUGGUUCAAUCGCUGA